AUGGCUCCUACUACAUCAAUCUCAGAUCCUGACAGUCGCAUUUAUCACACUCGAUUUCGAAAGUGCAUCCAAAAAAAAUAUGAUGACAUUUUCUCGUCUGUGGUUCAAAAAGCUCUUACAAAGAGUCCCAAUUUGAUUGAAGAAACGAUGAUGUCUUCGGAAAACCAUCGAAGAAAAUCCAAUAGUUUGUCCUGCUCAAACGAAAACAAUUUCAUUGUGAAGAAGAGAAGUAUUUCGGAAAGUGGAAACUCGUGCGAGUUAUCUUCCUUGGGAAGUGAGUCGUCAUUAGAUUCUGAUUCCUGUGAAAGUAUUUCUGAAACUAACAGUCCUAUUGAGGUAGAUAAUGAUAUCAUAAUUGAAUAUCAGUGUAAAAAAACUCCAUUCGAUGUCUCUUGCUGUGGCAAAAACUUUUACAAACACGAGAACUUGCACGAACAUCUCGUUCUUGAGCAUUCACCAUCGCCAAAGUUUUCCUGUCCCAAAUGUAAUGUAAACCUCAAAGCUCUCAGGAAUCAACAUCUUUGCCGAAUUUGUAAAGAGUUCGCAUGGAAGUUAGAGCCACAUUUGACAAGUCACUAUCAAGAUAGAACUGGCCAAGGAGCAUUAAUGGAGUGCAGGCAUUGCUAUCGUUCUUUUCCAACUGUUCGUGAAGUUCGUGACCAUGAAAAGCGUGUUCACCAAGCUAAGGCAAAGAUUUUGAAUUGGAAUUGUAAGUAUUGCCAUCAACAAUUCGAUUCACGUCAUAUGCGUGACUCACAUCUAGUGGCUCAUGUUGACCAGACUGGAAGUAAUAUCUGGGCUCAAAUUGAUAAAAUGCAGGAAUUGAUGACAGAUCAAGUCUUGGUUAAUCAGUGUCCCAUAUGUUUGUCUGUCAUGGGAAGUCGCAAAAGCUUCCGGCUGCAUAUUAUACAUAAGCAUUUGGCUCAAGAUCCUCAAUCAUUCCUUUCUUUCAUCGGUGUUACUACUGAUCCCAUUGCAACAGUAUUCGAUCGCAAAGCUAUUAAGGAAGAAACAGUCGAGGAUAUAAAGCCCGUAAUUGGCGAAGUAAGAAUCAAAGACGAGCCAUGUGAUUAG